AAGCUGAGUGAUGACAUUGUACCACGGUAACGAGAGCCACGGCAGACAAUGCUAAGCCCUAAAGAAAUCAAAUCACCAGGGCAUCCUCUCAUCCUGCUCUCUCCACUUUGAAACGAAGGCAUUGGAUUUCAGUCUGUGUUUUGUUGUGGGAUCUGUAAUCAACACUGGAUUUCUUAUAAUAGAACGCUCUUGAUCAGUGAAGAAGACACUUUGAAACCUAAACCUUCUGACCUCCCUUUGCUUUUCACCAAAAUACCCUUUGAAAAGGAAGAUUCUGUGUAAGUCAUGGGUGUGAAACUCAAGACAAUGGUGUCACACUAGCGGCAGUGACGCUACUGUAGCAUUUACUCUUGGUAAUAAUGUUACAAGAUGACAGCUCUCACUCUAUCCUUGACCACAGCGGAUGUGGCGAUGCCUGUUCCAGUGGAAUCCUGCUUCAGGUGACCUCCUUUCUAAGGACCCUAGCUCUGUGGCUCUGUCCAGUUCAAAAUGGCAGAAAAGGCACCACCUGGCUUGAACAGAAAAACAUCCAGGUCAACACUUUCUCUUCCUCCAGAACCAGUGGACAUUAUCCGAAGCAAAACAUGCUCUCGGAGAGUUAAGAUCAACGUAGGGGGCCUUAACCACGAAGUCCUGUGGAGAACUCUGGACAGGCUACCCAGGACGCGCCUGGGGAAGCUCCGAGACUGUAACACGCACGAGAGUCUCCUGGAGGUGUGCGAUGACUACAACCUUAAUGAGAAUGAGUAUUUCUUCGACCGCCAUCCUGGAGCCUUCACAUCUAUUCUGAACUUCUACCGGACGGGAAAGCUCCACAUGAUGGAAGAAAUGUGUGCACUCUCCUUUGGCCAAGAGCUUGAUUACUGGGGCAUCGAUGAGAUCUACCUAGAGUCCUGCUGCCAAGCCAGAUACCAUCAGAAGAAGGAGCAGAUGAACGAAGAACUUAGAAGGGAGGCAGAGACCAUGCGUGAGCGCGAGGGGGAGGAGUUUGAUAACACCUGCUGCCCAGAGAAAAGGAAGAAACUUUGGGACUUGCUGGAGAAGCCUAACUCAUCCGUGGCCGCAAAGGUAUGAACACGCGGCGCUGAGUCACUCGUGUAGACAGAAAGGUUGUAGCUCACCAAGUGCCAUUUUCUUCACUGCUUUGGUAAGACAGAGCAAGUCAUGGCUACAUAGAUAAUGUGCAAGUCCUUCUCAGCUUUGUAGGUAGGCAGAUGCCAUAAAACGGUGUUGGUCUGUGGGAAAUAUUAUUUUCUGUAGGGACAGGCCUGGAUCACAGAGGGGAGCACUGACUUCCAUGAUGUGCCACAUGUGUGGUGGCUUGGUGGAGAAAGAAGCUAUAACUGAGGGUCUUGUAGACAUGGACCUGAGUGUUAUCUUUGGUCAUGAAGAUGGUGUUAUUAGAAGCAGCAAAAGUGACUCCUGGCCUGAUUCAAUGAAGUAAUAGAAAAGAACAUAAUCCAGAAAAUGAGAUGCGUAUGCAAGAGCGGGGAACCAGGAGCUGUGUAAGGCAUGGACAGGCGCUCACAAUGCAUCCAUUGGCAAGCACACGUGCAAGUGCACGUCUACACACACACACACACACACACACACACACGCAC